AUGCUCCCAGAGCCCACGUUGAACUUCACGCUCCCCAGCAUCCACGACGACACGGUCCUCGACUGCCGCGUUUACCACAGCCAUGCGCUGAGCCCCGUUCCCAACGCCCCGCCCUGGCGACGACAUGCCGCCAUCGUUGCGCACCCGUACGCGCCCAUGGGCGGAUCAUACGACGAUCCUAUCGUUGACUCUGUCGCGGAAGCGCUCCUUCGCGCCGGCUAUCUCGUGGGCACGUUCAAUUUCCGAGGUGCCGGCCACUCGGCAGGCCGGACAUCGUGGACGGCCAAGGCCGAGCGAAACGACUACAUGUCCUUCAUCGGCUUCAUGGUGCACUACAUCCACUUCCUCGACCCCUACCGACCCGCACCCGACGCAUCCUCCCCCCCGACAAGCUCGCCAGCGCCCGACCUCAGUUCGCGGGACGAACGCGACCAGCCCAUCCUGCUGGCGGCCGGCUACUCGUACGGCGCCAUGGUGACCUCGCAGCUGCCGCCGCUGCCGCAGAUCCUGUCACGCUUCGCCGCGCCCCCGGCCAUCUCGGCCGCCGCCGACAUUCGGCUGCGCGCCGAGCACCUGGCGGCGCAGCAGAACAGCUUCCUCGCCGAGGCGCGGGCGUCGCGCAACGCCAUGCCGCCGACGCGGCGCGCGCUGCGCGUCGGCGGCGACGAGGGCGACCAGCGACGCAGCGGCGAGCACCACCGGCGGUCGCACUCGCCCCACCACACCGAGGACAAGCUGCGGCGCGGCGUCAGCGAGCUGCUCGCCAAGACGAGGGCGAGGCGGAGCCGCAGCCACAGCCGCCAGCGGAGCGUCGAGGCCGCUGCGGUCGGCGGCGACGAGGCCGGCAGUCCCAGGAAGCACCACGCGGGGCGUGAGCAUCAGCAUGGGCACAGCCACAGUCACAGCCACAGCCACAGCAGCGACGAGCAGGCGGUCCUGCUGCCGAGGAUCGCCGACCUGACGAGCGUCAGGCCGGCGUACGCGCUCGUGUCGCCGCUGCAGGGCAUCGUCAACCACCUGACGACCAUGUCGUUCGUGCCGCCCUGGGCGCGGCACCGCGGCCACGAGCCGGCGCGGGUGCCGUCGGCGUCGCCGGCGGGGGACGUCAACUGGAUCGAAGACGCCGGGGAGGCGGCCGAGGCCAAGCUCGCGACGUGCCCGACGCUCGCCGUGUUCGGGGACCGAGACGGCUUCGUCGCCAUCGGCAAGCUGCGGGCGUGGGGCGCGAGGCUCGACGCAAGGCCGGGGUCGAAGUUUCGCGGCGUCGAGGUCACGGGGGCGGGGCACACUUGGCAGGAGGAAGGCACGCUGUCUGCGCUGGUCGGGGCGGUGGACGAGUUUGCGCGGGGGCUGCUGAAGGCGGCAUAA